AUGGUAUUGGAAUAUAGGAAGAAUCUAAAUCUUGAUAACAGAUGGUAUUUCAGGCAAGAUGUCAUCUCACUAAAACCGUAUGACGACUUAAACAGCAAGUGGCAGACAGUGAUUAGAAGACUUGAGAUCAUUUCGCUCGUGUUUUACGUUUCUGUUCUGUUCAUUACUAUGUAUCUGUUCUUCUAUCAUGAGUGGUAUUGUGCGGUUGGUCAUAACCCAUGCGGACAGAUGAACCUGAAGUGUCCCUGGAUGGCCGUCACACCAGACGAUCCACAAUGCGAUGUUAACCCAUACAACUAG